UAUGAAAUGCACACAACGUUUGCCUCACGAGUUGUUAAACGUUUGUCUCACGCCUCCAGACAUUGACUGAAGCAUUGAUUGCCAACAAGUGAUUACAACUUAUAAUUGAAGCCAACUAUCAGUGGAUUAGAUGUAAGACAUGUCACAUGAUAUGGACGGACAGUUUGAUGACGCGGUGGACGACACCACGGAUGGCGUGUUGGAUCACAUCUCUUAUCUGAAGGUUAGUCGCAAUGAAGAGACGGAUUCAGAAGAGGAAGACUUGUCUGAAGAGGAGGAAUACAUGAGUGAAGGGAUGGAGGGAAUGGAUAGGAAAGGCAUGUAUUGCGGCAAUAGGUUUGAGACGAAUACGAAACGUCUGGAGAAAUACGAGAAUCGCAUAAAUUGUGACAAAUAUAUGAUUCCUGUGAAGACAAUGAAUAUACUGAACGCAACGGACCGUCGAUUGGAUGACGAGAGGAAACGAAUUAAAGACAAAUCCGAUCGUUCGACUCAAGAGCAGGUCUUGGAUCCGAAGACGAGAAUCAUUUUGUUUAAACUGAUAAACAGACACCUGAUUGAAGAGAUCAAUGGUGUGAUCAGUACCGGCAAAGAGGCGAAUGUAUAUCACGCCACGAGUCGCGAUGGGGUCGACAAAGCCGUGAAAAUCUACAAGACUUCGAUCCUGACGUUCAAAGACAGAGACAAAUACGUGAGCGGAGAGUUCCGGUUCAGGUAUGGCUACUGUCGACACAACCCCAGGAAAAUGGUUAGGACUUGGGCUGAGAAGGAGAUGCGCAACCUCUCCAGGAUCUACCAGUCGGGCAUCGAUUGUCCCAAACCUCACGUUCUCCGGAGUCAUGUCCUGGUCAUGGACUUCAUCGGAACCAAUGGACUGCCGGCCCCUCUCCUCAAAGACGUGGAUUUAAGUGAAUCAAAGGCCCGGCAGUUGUAUUAUGACUGCAUUGUUAUGAUGAGGAAAAUGUUCUUUGAGUGCCGUUUGGUUCACUCAGACUUAAGUGAAUUCAAUCUUCUCUACAAUGACUCCAAACUCUAUGUCAUAGAUGUCUCACAGUCUGUCGAAUCAGACCAUCCGAUGGCCUUAGAGUUCUUGCGGAAGGACUGCACGAAUGUCAACGAAUUCUUCCGCAAAAAAUCAGUUCCAACGAUGACUACGAGAGAGUUGUUUGACUUUAUUACUGAUCCUAAUAUUAAUGACCAAAAUAUAGACGUCUAUCUGGAAAGGGCUCAACACAUCGCCGCCAACAGGACUGACCAGCACUUGGAAGACGAGCAUAAAGUAGACGAAGAGGUCUUCAAAAAGGUUUAUAUUCCUCAACGUCUGCAAGAAGUGACUGAUUUUGAGAACGACGUCCUUAAAGGCAACAAAAAAGAGGUUUUCUAUAAAACUAUCACAUCGUUGAAGGCAGACCUGACGGGUCCCACACUUAUCCCUUCAAUACUUGAUAACAAUGAGUCUUCAAAUGAAAGCGACAACUCAUCCGAUGAUAACAGUUCUGAAUCGGACGCUGCAGACAAAAAAGGUUUUGUUAAUUCCUCUCGACCUAAGAAUGAGACCACAGAUGAGAGAAAGUUAAGAAAAACUGCUCUAAAAGAAGAGAAAAGAGAGAAACGAAAGAAUAAAAUACCAAAACAUGUGAAGAAAAGGAAAGAAAGAUUGGGUAAAAAUCCGCAAAAGAAUUGAUUAUUUUUGACAGUAAAUAAAAUUAUAAAUAUUUUAUUGAAAAUA